GAGCGGCCCGUCUCCCCGUCCCCAUCCGCCAUCCUCUCCCCUUCCGCGGGGCUGAGGCGCGGCCCUUUGGGGCUCUAAGGAGGCGCAUCCAUCUUGGCGUUGGAGGGCAGCGCCAUGGCCGCGUCCGAGCUCUACACAAAGUUUGCCAGGGUUUGGAUCCCUGACCCCGAGGAAGUUUGGAAGUCAGCAGAGCUCGUCAAAGAUUACAAACCAGGUGACAAAGUGCUCCAGCUUCACCUGGAGGAAGGCAAGGACUUGGAAUAUCGUCUGGAUCCAACGACAAAGGAGCUGCCACACUUACGAAACCCUGAUAUCCUUGUGGGUGAGAAUGACCUCACCGCUCUCAGCUAUCUCCAUGAGCCCGCAGUGCUUCACAAUCUCAGAGUGCGCUUUAUCGACUCCAAACUCAUUUACACUUACUGUGGUAUUGUCUUAGUAGCUAUAAACCCCUAUGAACAGCUCCCCAUCUAUGGCGAAGAUAUCAUUAAUGCUUACAGUGGUCAGAAUAUGGGAGAUAUGGAUCCCCACAUUUUUGCCGUGGCAGAAGAGGCUUACAAACAGAUGGCCAGAGACGAACGGAAUCAAUCCAUCAUUGUGAGCGGCGAGUCGGGAGCGGGAAAAACCGUCUCGGCGAAAUACGCCAUGAGAUACUUCGCGACCGUGAGCGGUUCGGCCAGUGAGGCCAACGUUGAGGAGAAGGUCUUGGCUUCCAACCCCAUCAUGGAGUCGAUCGGAAAUGCCAAAACCACCAGGAAUGACAACAGCAGUCGGUUUGGGAAAUACAUUGAGAUCGGUUUUGAUAAGCGAUAUCGGAUCAUUGGCGCCAAUAUGAGAACGUAUCUCUUGGAAAAAUCCAGAGUGGUGUUCCAGGCGGAAGAGGAGAGAAACUAUCACAUCUUCUACCAGCUCUGUGCUUCAGCCAAGUUACCUGAAUUUAAGUCAUUGCAUUUAGGGAAUGCAAAUUACUUCCACUACACCAAGCAAGGAGGCAGCCCUGUGAUUGAUGGGAUCGAUGACGCCAGUGAAAUGGCACAAACCAGGAAAGCUUGCACUUUGCUAGGUAUUAAUGAGGUCUACCAGAUGGGAAUUUUUCGAAUCCUUGCUGGCAUCCUUCACCUAGGCAAUGUUGGGUUUACUUCCCGGGACUCUGACAGUUGCACAAUACCCCCCAAACACGAGCCGCUUGGCUUCUUCUGUGACCUCAUGGGAGUUGAAUAUGAAGAGAUGUCCCACUGGCUUUGCCACAGAAAGCUGGCCACCGCAACUGAGACUUACAUCAAACCCAUCUCCAAGUUACAGGCUGUCAACGCCCGGGAUGCUUUAGCAAAGCACAUCUAUGCUAAACUUUUUAACUGGAUUGUGGAUCAUGUCAACCAAGCGCUUCACUCUGCUAUGAAGCAACAUUCCUUUAUUGGCGUACUGGAUAUUUAUGGGUUUGAAACAUUUGAGAUCAAUAGCUUUGAACAGUUUUGCAUUAAUUAUGCCAAUGAGAAACUGCAGCAGCAAUUCAACAUGCAUGUGUUUAAACUGGAACAGGAAGAGUACAUGAAGGAACAGAUUCCAUGGACACUCAUAGACUUUUAUGAUAAUCAGCCUUGUAUUAAUCUUAUAGAAGCAAAACUGGGCAUUCUGGACCUGUUGGAUGAGGAAUGCAAGAUGCCUAAGGGCUCAGAUGACACCUGGGCCCAGAAGUUAUACAACACUCACUUGAACAAGUGUGCCCUCUUUCAGAAGCCCCGACUAUCAAACAAAGCCUUUAUCAUCCAGCAUUUCGCUGACAAAGUGGAAUACCAAUGUGAUGGCUUCUUGGAAAAGAAUAAAGACACAGUGUAUGAAGAACAAAUUAAGGUUCUUAAAUCAAGUAAGAAGUUUAAGAUGCUGCCAGAAUUAUUUCAGGAUGAUGAAAAGGCCAUUAGUCCCACAUCAGCCACGACUUCGGGGCGCACCCCGCUCUCCCGAACCGUUGUGAAACCCACCAAGGUCAGGCCAGGCCAUGUGACCAAAGAGCAUAAGAAAACAGUGGGACACCAGUUCCGAAACUCCCUUCACCUCUUGAUGGAAACCCUCAAUGCUACAACUCCGCACUACGUACGAUGCAUUAAACCUAAUGACUUCAAGUUUCCGUUCACGUUUGAUGAGAAGCGGGCAGUACAGCAGCUCAGGGCAUGUGGCGUCCUUGAAACCAUCCGAAUUAGUGCAGCUGGGUUCCCCUCCAGGUGGACAUAUCAAGAGUUUUUUAGUCGCUACCGUGUCCUCAUGAAGCAGAAAGAUGUCCUUAGUGACCGAAAGCAGACGUGCAAGAAUGUGCUGGAGAAACUGAUACUGGACAAGGAUAAAUACCAGUUUGGUAAGACUAAGAUAUUUUUCCGUGCCGGUCAAGUAGCCUAUCUGGAAAAAAUAAGGGCAGACAAGUUGAGGGCUGCCUGCAUCCGCAUCCAGAAGACCAUCCGGGGUUGGCUGAUGCGAAAGAAGUAUCUGCGGAUGAGGAAGGCGGCCAUUACCAUCCAGAGAUAUGUCCGAGGCUAUCAGGCGCGAUGCUAUGCGAAGUUUCUGCGCAGAACUAAGGCGGCCACCGUCAUUCAGAAGUAUCGGCGCAUGUACGUGGCCCGCAGAAAGUACCGGCUCAAGCGGAAAGCCGCCAUCCUUCUCCAGGCUCACUUACGAGGAUUCGUGGCCAGGAAUAAGUAUCGGAGGAUGCUCCGGGAACACAAGGCCAUCAUCAUCCAGAAACACGUGCGGAGCUGGCUGGCCCGAGCUCAUUACAAGAGGACCCUCCGGGCGAUAGUCUACCUGCAGUGCUGUUUACGGCGGAUGUUGGCCAAGCGAGAACUGAAGAAGCUGAAGAUUGAGGCCCGCUCCGUGGAGCGCUACAAGAAGCUCCACAUCGGCAUGGAGAACAAGAUCAUGCAGCUGCAGCGCAAAGUGGAUGAACAGAACAAAGACUACAAAUGCCUGCUGGAGAAGCUGACCCACCUGGAGGGAACCUACGCUACGGAGACGGAGAAACUGCGGAGUGACCUGGGCCGGCUUCGCCAAAGCGAGGAGGAGGCUAAAGUGGCCACCAGCCGCGUUCUCAGCCUCCAGGACGAGAUUGCCAAACUCCGGAAAGACCUGCAGCAAACAAAGAAAGAUAAAAAGACCAUUGAGGAACGGGCCAGCAGAUACAAACAGGAAACAGAGAAGCUGGUCUCAGAUCUGAACGAACAGAAUAUACUGCUGAAAAAGGAAAAAGAAGAACUCAAUCACCUUAUUCUGAAGCAGGCUAAGGAGAUGACAGAGGCCAUGGAGAAGAGGUUAGCAGAGGAAACGAAACAGCUGGAACUUGAUCUCAAUGAUGAGCGGUUGAGGUAUCAGAACCUUCUGAAUGAGUUCAGCCGCCUUGAGGAACGUUACGAUGACCUCAAAGAAGAGAUGACCCUCAUGGUGAAUGUUCCCAAGCCCGGUCACAGAAGGACUGACUCCACCCACAGCAGCAAUGAAUCCGAAUACACCUUUAGCUCUGAGAUUACUGAAUCGGAUGACCUACCACUGAGAAUGGAGGAGCCAAGUGAGAAAAAAGCGCCUCUGGAUAUGUCCUUGUUUCUCAAGCUGCAGAAGAGGGUGACAGAACUGGAGCAGGAAAAACAAGCCAUGCAAGAUGAACUGGAUAGGAAAGAGGAGCAGGUGCUCCGGAGCAAGGCCAAGGAGGAAGAAAGACCCCAGAUUAGAGGUGCCGAACUAGAAUACGAGUCACUCAAGCGUCAAGAACUGGAAUCUGAAAACAAGAAACUUAAGAAUGAGCUGAAUGAGCUCCGGAAGGCCCUCACGGAAAAAGGGGCCCCAGAAGUGACGGCGCCAGGGGCCCCUGCUUACCGAGUCCUCAUGGAGCAGUUGACGUCAGUCAGCGAGGAGCUGGACGUGCGCAAAGAGGAAGUUCUGAUCCUCAGGUCUCAGCUGGUGAGCCAGAAAGAGGCCAUUCAACCCAAGGAGGAUAAGAAUACAAUGACUGAUUCCACAAUCCUCCUAGAGGAUGUACAGAAGAUGAAAGACAAAGGAGAAAUAGCCCAGGCGUACCUUGGGCUGAAGGAAACCAACAGAUCUUCCCCUAUGGAUUGCCAUGAACUGAAUGAGGAUGGAGAGCUGUGGCUGGUUUAUGAAGGGCUAAAACAAGCCAACAGGCUCUUGGAAUCACAGCUCCAGUCCCAGAAAAAGAGCCAUGACAAUGAGGCAGAGUCCCUGCGUGGAGAGAUACAGAGCUUGAAGGAGGAAAACAACCGCCAGCAGCAGCUGUUGGCCCAGAAUCUGCAGUUGCCGCCCGAGGCCCGGAUCGAAGCAAGUCUGCAGCACGAGAUCACCCGGCUGACAAAUGAGAAUUUGGACUUGAUGGAACAACUCGAAAAGCAGGACAAGACUGUCCGGAAACUGAAAAAGCAGCUGAAAGUGUUUGCUAAGAAAAUCGGUGAACUAGAAGUGGGCCAGAUGGAGAACAUAUCUCCUGGACAGAUCAUUGAUGAGCCCAUCCGUCCAGUGAACAUCCCGAGGAAGGAGAAAGAUUUCCAGGGAAUGCUGGAAUAUAAGAAGGACGAUGAGCCGAAACUCAUCAAGAAUCUCAUCCUAGAUCUGAAACCACGCGGCGUGGCAGUGAAUCUGAUCCCCGGGUUGCCGGCAUAUAUUUUAUUUAUGUGUGUCCGGCACGCUGACUACUUGAAUGAUGAUCAGAAGGUGCGGUCAUUGUUGACUUCGACGAUUAACAGCAUCAAAAAAGUACUGAAGAAAAGAGGUGAUGAUUUUGAAACUGUCUCCUUUUGGCUCUCAAACACUUGUCGAUUUUUGCACUGUUUGAAGCAGUACAGUGGAGAAGAGGGAUUUAUGAAGCACAACACGUCUCGCCAGAACGAACACUGCCUCACCAAUUUUGACCUGGCUGAGUACCGGCAGGUGUUAAGUGACUUGGCCAUACAGAUCUACCAGCAGCUUGUGCGAGUGUUAGAAAAUAUCCUACAGCCGAUGAUUGUUUCCGGCAUGUUGGAACACGAAACGAUUCAGGGGGUCUCCGGAGUGAAGCCCACCGGGCUGCGGAAGAGGACCUCCAGCAUUGCUGACGAAGGGACCUACACCCUGGACUCCAUCCUCCGCCAACUCAGCUCCUUCCACUCAGUCAUGUGUCAGCACGGGAUGGAUCCCGAGCUCAUCAAGCAGGUGGUCAAGCAGAUGUUCUACAUCGUUGGGGCCGUGACCCUGAAUAACCUCCUCCUGCGCAAAGACAUGUGCUCCUGGAGCAAAGGCAUGCAGAUCAGGUACAACGUCAGCCAGCUGGAAGAGUGGCUCCGGGACAAGAAUCUGAUGAACAGCGGGGCCAAGGAAACCUUGGAGCCCCUCAUUCAGGCCGCCCAGCUGCUGCAGGUGAAGAAGAAGACAGAUGAAGACGCAGAAGCCAUUUGCUCCAUGUGUAAUGCUCUAACCACAGCGCAGAUUGUCAAAGUAUUGAACUUGUACACCCCAGUGAAUGAGUUUGAAGAACGAGUCUCUGUAUCGUUUAUCCGGACCAUUCAGAUGCGUUUCCGAGACAGGAAGGAUUCUCCCCAGCUGCUAAUGGAUGCUAAGCACAUCUUUCCUGUUACAUUUCCCUUUAACCCAUCCUCUCUUGCGCUAGAAACCAUCCAGAUCCCAACCAGCCUAGGUCUGGGAUUCAUUGUGCGGGUCUGAGCGGGAAAACACCCAGCCUGUCAGCCGUCGAACAAGAAGUUUCUUUCCUGAAGCCUGAAUCCGUUUCCCCCCAGAGCUACUGAAACACAUUUUUCAAAGAAGCAGUACCAUGUUUCCAUGCCUCCCCACCCCUCGCCCCUCACCCCGUAUUCCCCAAGGUGCGGGGGGAGAAAACUGUAGCUGGGUAACUGCAAAUCUGCCUAGGAUUCCUGUACUUCCUUGGAUAGAAAGAUGUGGUCCUGUAGCAAUCCUUACUUUCACACUGAUAGUGUACCCUGAUCUUUGAGAUAGCUGGAGUUUGAAUCCAGGCGUGUGGCCAGCUGAAAAACGGGGCUUCGGCUGCCGAGAGCUGUUUUAGAGCCUUAGUCCGUAUUUAAAUAGUGUAAAUGAAUCUUAAUUCCGUGCGUGAGCUGCUACCGGGGCGGGGCCAACAGGAAUCAACAGGAUACCAAACGGAAGAGCGGAAAGAAAGGAAAAUAAUUGACAAGGUGUAGUCCUUUAGAAAACGGUUCUGUGUUAAGCAUCAACCUGGAAUGGAGAAACAGACGAUAUGUAAAGUAAUUUGUCAAGUUGCUUCCUUGUGUCACUUUGCAAUCAAUUAAGAGGUAUUACAAGGUCUACUGGCGUACUCAAUAGCGUAGAUAUUCAUUUGAUAGCACCGUAGUUUUCCCGAGCAUCUUAAUUGCUGCCGCGUACUGUGUUCUUUUAAAUGUACAAGGAUAUUCUUCUUAGACACUACAACAAUAAGAUCCUAUUUAUUAACUUUGUUUACAAUCCAAUACGAUCCAUUAAUUUAACUGGAUUAUAUGCAAAUGUCAACAACUAUCACCUAUUAAGGAAAAUGGUAACUAAGCACAAGUAGCACACUGGAAUUGACGAGAUAGUUUCAUUUAAUGUAGCUUAUUCACAUGUUCAAAUGUAGGGUCAAAGCGAAUGCAGUUUGUUUUGGGAUUUUGUCACAUGAAUUUAUUUGGUAUGGGGUCAAAGCCAUUUUAGUCUGCAGUUACCCGCUAACCAUCUCAUUCCCGAUCGUCUUGCGGUGGGUGUUUUCCACGUGCCCGGCUUCAUUUCUUUAGCCUUUUUCCUCAAACCGUAAUUUCUCACAGAUGUCUAGAAGAAAAGGGGGAGCAUCAGUGAUCCAGGUUUUCAUCUCAGAUCUUUUGUAAACGUCUGUGUGUGAAGCAUAUUUGCUUUCCUUGUUACUACCGUAUCCUGUUCUCAACUGUCACUGGAUUCCGAAGGAAAGAAGUCAUAGGCUAGAAUAAUAAGGUAGUCAGGAUAUUCGGAAGAUUUCGUUCAUAAUGUACAAGAUCGAUAAAAAACAGUUUUCAUCGUGCACCUCUAAGAGAUUCUUUACAUUCUCUCUCCAAUCGCUGACCGUUUAAAUCCUCUUCUUGAAGUGCACAGACCCAGAUACCUGGCUGUACAUCCAAAUCCCUGGCCCCGAGUUACAAUCAUGUGAUUUGUUUUAUCGCUGGCAGAUGUCUUUUUGAAUAGUGACGUAUCAUGUUGGAUAGCAGGGUGCAUUAUUAUUGAGGCAGAGUAGAAAAUUUUCCACUUCCUGGUGAUGCUGACUGGGCUCGGUUCCCCCUAUUUGGAAAAACAUAAACUCCCCGCUGCUGGCUUGUCCUUCCGCUGGUUAUUGCUUGCGUUGUCGAGACGUGCGAAGUGUCGCUCCAUUCUAGCGUAUGGCCGUUUUGCCACACAACCCCAGGUACCUGCACCUAUACACCCUUCAAAAUAUCGAUGAAUCUAGCGUCGUUUCUUAGAAGAAAAACAUUGCCUGGUCUGGUACUGGAGGGAUCAACUGCAUAGCUACGUAGUUUACCAUCUGUUGGAUAGACCAGUACUCUUUGACUCUUAAAUCUGCAUGAAGGCAAAUGACCUUGUACAUCAUGGUGACCGCCAGAAGCGGAAUCAACCGUUUUCAAACUCCAAUGCACAGUUUUUAAAUCGUGUCUGAAGCAUUGCCAAGAUCUGCACCGAUUCGGGUACCGUAUAGAAACAAGCACUGUCUCCUUUGUUUCCGUAGGCCAUCUAAACCCUUUAGAGUAAUUCCAUUUACGGAGUAAACCAAACCCACUCCACCCACCGAACCAGAGCUUCCCGGUGCCCAACGGGCACCUCGGAAGGCAGCCAGGGAUAGAAGCAGCAUGAACUCUUGCAAGCCAGUGGGGCACUUUGUGCACUGAAAUCUUUACUUACUGAAUUAACCCCCAAUGGUCCGAGAGUUUGCCCAGCUUCCCAAGGCCUGUCAUGCCCGGAGAAGGCCGCCCUCUGUGAUGCUUUCAUUUUGGCCCAAACGCAAUCAUUUCUGCCUCUUAGCAAUCCCUCUGAGAGAUAACUCGAGCUUCUUGGCUCUGGCACUGAAGGUAGAGCAAACCAAUGUUUCAGGCAUCGUGUACCUCUCUACCUUUGAUUUAGACCGGGUUUUGCGUUUUGAAAGAAAAUCCUGAACUUCGGAAGUAGACGGAUUUGUUUUAAAUUUUAUCUUUGAAUUAAAAAGAACUGGAACUACUGUAUAUUCUUGCUGUACAUCCGAAACUGAGAAAUGCUGUAUUAAAAUAUCUGCCUAAAAUAUUUUUGCGUUUAUUUUUGAAAAUGUGUUUACUUGUAUAAAGCCUUCCUCUUCUCUCCAGAAAAAGAAAUAUGCUGACGAUUCACCUCGUAUCAAUCAAAGCCUUGGAAAGUGGGUUCUCACUAGGUAUCACCGCAGCGCUGAAAGGAAAGCCAAAACAAGAUCAGAAUGACAUUUAUGCCCUAAACUGUCGUAGCCGUCCGUUGUUGUACUUAGUAAAUGUGUGCAUCGUACCCUGUUAGCUGUCCCAGAGAAUUGUUCGAAUAAAGAUACACCUGUAAAUUGCUA